AGGCGUUGUAAUACGAACAAAGCAUCGCAUUUCUUCUGUGUGGGGAAAUCGCUAUAUAAAUCUAGCGCACCCCAUCUGUGCUCGACUAUGUAUGAUUUACGGAAGAGGAGUCCCAGGCGUGGCUGAGGAACUUCCGUCUUUUACGGCACAAAAAUGACAGCGACUCUGCGCCCCUACUUGAACGCUGUGAGGGCCACCUUGCAGGCCGCCCUCUGCCUGGAGAACUUCUCCUCUCAAGUGGUGGAGCGUCACAACAAGCCAGAGGUGGAAGUCAGGAGCAGCAAGGAGCUGCUACUUCAGCCGGUGGUGAUUAGCCGUAAUGACAAGGAGAAGGUUCUCAUCGAGGGAUCCAUCAACUCUGUCAGAGUCAGCAUCGCUGUCAAACAGGCCGAUGAGAUUGAGAAGAUCCUUUGCCACAAGUUCAUGCGCUUUAUGAUGAUGAGAGCAGAGAACUUCUUCAUUCUGAGGAGGAAACCAGUAGAGGGAUAUGAUAUUAGCUUCUUGAUCACUAACUUCCACACGGAGCAGAUGUACAAACACAAGCUGGUGGACUUUGUCAUCCACUUCAUGGAGGAGAUUGACAAGGAGAUCAGUGAGAUGAAACUGUCCGUUAAUGCCAGGGCCCGUAUUGUUGCCGAGGAAUUCCUCAAGAACUUCUGAUGACAGUGUUGUCCCCGGUCCCACACAAACUGGGAAGACGCUGCAAGGGCCAACCAGCACAAGAGUAAAGGAGUAAACAGCCAAUCAGCGAGGACACGAGAGGAACACGACCAAUCUGACGAUGACACCCUUUGCACCCAUCUCGAGUAUUUCCCAGUACUCAUGAAUAUCAAUGACUGUAUAUAAUGAAAUAUUUACCAGUUUCAUUUUCAGCCACUUAGAACAAAUCCCCAAACAAAGGCGGGUCCUUAAAGUAUUAAUCCAGUUGAUAUCCAUGAAUACAGGGGCACUGAGAACGUGUUGUUGCGAAGCAAACUCCCAGGUUUUUUGUAUUUUGUGUAUGUGAGUCCGUAUGUUCUGUCACUGUUGUUUCAAAUUUGUCUCCAAAAUUUCUCUGUUCAGGAAAUCCACAUUUGAGGAAAGUAGCCCGUGUGGUGUUUAAUCGUGGACAUGGAGCAAGAGCUGUCUGUAAAGAAGCCACCAAAGCCCAUGUAUGAGAAUACUGAAAAAUAAUAAAACUCUGUUGUUUAUACUUAAA